AAUUCAUGCAGAGUCAUAUAAAAACGUGUCGAUGCCGCUCAAAUAGCCAAGUUACGAAGCAAACAGCCAAAGGGAAAGAUGCGGAACAGCGGCAAAAAUCAAUUAGCAUUGGCAAUUGCCUUGUCGCUACUUCUAGUCAUGCUGGAGGAAACUCAGGCGCGCCAUAGCCUGUUCGACUGCAGCGUGAAGUACAAAUGCUCGGCGGAGAAGGAAUAUAUCUGGGCGACCGAUGAAGAGCGUUGCCAUGUUUUCCAUAAUAGCUGUCUGCUGAAAGUGGAGCAAUGUGCGCGCCGUGAUCAGGGCAAGUCGGAGCUGGUUGAAACGGAUCGAGAGACCUGCAAGCAGACUUGCGAGAGGCCGUGUAAGAAAGACUUCGCUCCAGUCUGCGCUCAGUUCUUCCAGGAGGAAUACAUCACCUUUAGCAAUGAGUGCGAGAUGCGCAAUUAUAUGUGCACCAAGGAAAGGGCCUAUUCGUACUACGCUCUAGGCGAAUGUGUUGAGUAUCCCUCAGAGCAAAAAUUAAGGAAUGCUGAGCUGGAUGAAUAAUCAUUAUUAAAGUUUGAUAUUUUGUAGAGAGCAAUUGCUUUUAACUU